CUUCCGGAGGGUGCCUGCGGCGACAGAAUUCCUAUACUGAGUCGGUGCCGCGCCCAGAGCAGCAGCGGCGGCAGCGGCGGCAGCGAAGAUGCGAGGCCAUUACCUGUUUGAGCCGCGUCGGAAAGCUGGCACGGGCCAACUUUUCCCGAUCGGCGGGCCAAGAAGUUGCAAGGACUAGUGGGAGGCUCGGAGGGGCCAGGGCGAGGGCGCGCCCCCCCAACCCCACCCCCCCUACCCCGCACGGUUCCUCCAUCCCCCCCUCCCUGCCGCCGCCCGCGCUCCCGGCCUCUCUCUCCCGCCCGCGCUCCCUCCCUCCGCCCGCCUCCCUCCUCCGGCCCCCUCCGCGCGGCACCGGGCGGGGGGUGCCGCCAAACUCCGACCCGAGCCACUUGGACUCGCACAGUGUCCUCCGGGCGCAGGGGCCGAGCGCACGCAGUAGCGCCGCUCUGCCGCCACCGCCUGCCAUCCAGUCUCGCCCGCGAUCCCGGCCCGGGGCUGUGGCGUCGGCUCGGACCCAGGCAAGCCGGCCGCCCGCGCGGGAGCCGGACCACCGCCGGAGGAGCUCGGCCGGGAUGCUGAGCCCCCUCCUCGGCUGAAGCCCGAGCGCCGAGAAGCCCGGGCAAGCGCCGGCUCCGGAGACUAAGGCGGCGGAGGCGCGAGACCGACCGGGCGAGCGGCGGAGGCGCGGGAGGAGGAGGCGAACCCGGAGAGGGGCCGCGAAAGAAGUGGUGGUGGUGGGCGUCGUGGCCAUGGCGGCGGCUAUCGCCAGCUCGCUCAUCCGGCAGAAGCGACAAGCCCGCGAGCGCGAGAAAUCAAACGCCUGCAAGUGUGUCAGCAGCCCCAGCAAAGGCAAGACCAGCUGCGACAAAAACAAGUUAAACGUCUUUUCCCGGGUCAAACUCUUCGGCUCCAAGAAGAGGCGCAGGAGGAGACCAGAGCCUCAGCUUAAGGGUAUAGUUACCAAACUAUACAGUCGACAAGGUUACCACUUGCAGCUGCAGGCAGAUGGAACUAUUGAUGGCACCAAAGAUGAGGACAGCACUUACACUCUGUUUAACCUCAUCCCUGUGGGUCUUCGAGUGGUGGCUAUUCAAGGAGUUCAAACCAAGCUGUAUUUGGCAAUGAAUAGCGAGGGAUACCUAUACACCUCGGAACAUUUCACACCUGAGUGCAAAUUCAAAGAAUCGGUGUUUGAAAAUUAUUACGUGACAUAUUCAUCGAUGAUAUACCGUCAGCAGCAGUCAGGCCGAGGGUGGUAUCUGGGUCUGAACAAAGAAGGAGAGAUCAUGAAAGGAAACCACGUGAAGAAGAACAAGCCUGCAGCUCACUUUCUGCCCAAACCACUGAAAGUGGCCAUGUACAAGGAGCCGUCUCUGCAUGACCUCACGGAGUUCUCCCGAUCUGGAAGUGGGACCCCGACCAAGAGCAGAAGUGUCUCCGGCGUGCUGAACGGAGGCAAGUCUAUGAGCCACAACGAAUCAACGUAGCCAGUGAGGGCAAAACAAGGGCUCUGUAACAGAACCUUACCUCCAGGUGCUGUUGAAUUCUAGCAGUCCUUCACCCGAAAGUUGAGAUUUGUCAAUGACGUUUACCAAACAAACAAGGCAGAGUUCACUAUUCUAAUCUGCCAUCAAACCGUCUCAUCCAUCCAAAAGCCCCAUAAUUUAGAUCGAGCUUGUGCAAAAAAACAGUGCCGAGCCUGAUCAGUGAACUAAAUCUGGGAGAAGGACUGCUCAAUUUUCUCAUGAUCUCACCUCUGCUUAGGGGAAGACAAACCAAAAACAUUUCACAGCACUAAUGCUGAUUAAGAAAAAUUUGCUCUCCAACCAAGACAAUUGAAAAGACCACCAUUGUUCUUCAAAAACAAACAAAAAAGAAAACAGAACAAAAUUAACUGCUUCCGUGUUUUGUAGGGGCAAACAAAAUUCUGUGAACCGUGUUUUUUUUUUGGCUUAAUGUUUUCUAUCUAUGCUUGAUUCAUAUGUAUUCUUUACGUUGCAAUUUUAUGAUUUCUGAAAUUCAAUGGUUCUAUUGACUUUCUGUCACUUAAUCCAACUCAACCAAAUUCAGGGUUGAAGCUGAAUUGGCAUCUCAGGCUCAAGGUUCUUGUGAUUUUACCAUUUUUUCCCCUUUAGAUUCGUAGUAUUCUGGUCGAGUUCUUGUGCUGUACUUUGUGCGUAGAAAUUGUGUUGUGUUGUCAACCCCAGUCAGUAAAGAUUACUUAAAAAUAAAGAUCACCCUCAAGUGUAGUUUUCUCUUAAUUCCAUUUGUGUUAUCAUGUUAAACUAUUAUUGUGGCUUCUUGUGUAAAGACAGUAACUGUGGAACUGUGAUGUUGUCUUUUGUGUUGUUAAAAUAAGAAAUGUCUUAUCUGUGUACGUAUGAGUCCUCCUGUCAUUGUAUUUGGCACGUGAAUAUUGUGUACAAGGAAAUGUUAAGACUGGUUACCCCUAAACAACAUAUACUUAUACCUGCUUCUGGAAAAGUGUUUAAGACUUAGCUAGGUUUCCAUUUAGAUCUUCAUAUCUGUUGCAUGGAAGAAAGUUGGAAUCUUGGCAUAGAGUUGCAUGAUAUGUAAGAUUUUGUGCAUUAAUAAUUGUUAAAAUCUGUGUUCCAAAAGUGGACAUAGCAUGUACAGGCAGUUUUCUGUCCUGUGCACAAAACAGUUUAAAAAAAAGUUGUUUAAUAUUUGUUGUUGUAUACCCAGAUACGCACCGAAUAAACUCUUUAUAUUCAUUCAAAGAAAAA